CCCCCCCUCCGCCCGCCAUGGACCAUUCCAGUCAACCCAACAACGCCGCCCUCUACGACGCGCGGAGACGCAGGGGCUCCGUCGGCACCCACCAGCUGUUCGACAACAUUGUCUCGGCCUCCAACUUCGACCGAGAUGAAGUGGACCGACUCCGCAAGCGCUUCAUGAAGCUGGAUAAGGAUAGCUCCGGCACCAUCGAUCGCGAUGAAUUCCUCUCCCUCCCUCAAGUCUCCUCCAACCCACUCGCCACGAGAAUGAUCGCCAUCUUCGACGAAGACGGCGGCGGCGACGUCGACUUCCAAGAAUUCGUGUCCGGGUUAUCGGCGUUCAGUUCCAAGGGCAACAAAGAAGAGAAGCUGCGGUUCGCAUUCAAGGUCUACGAUAUCGAUCGCGACGGAUACAUUUCCAACGGCGAGCUGUUCAUCGUGUUGAAGAUGAUGGUCGGGAAUAAUCUCAAGGAUGUGCAGUUGCAGCAGAUUGUGGAUAAGACGAUCAUGGAGGCGGAUAAGGAUGGCGAUGGCAAGAUUAGUUUCGAGGAGUUCACGGAUAUGGUGGAGAAUACGGAUGUUAGUUUGAGUAUGACGUUGAACCAGAUUUAAUUUGGGAGGAAUCCGCUGGAUGGUGGAUAGGCAUAUGGAGUAUUUACCUCCCUACCGGAUAAGUAGGAACCGAGUAGGCAGGAUGUUGACGGGUAGGUUCCUUGCGAGCGAAGGAUCGGAUCUGGUAUCUUUAUAUUUCCUCCCAAGGUUGUCAGUUGAGGGGGGGUGGGUGUGAGUAUCAGCGUGAGGGUGAUUAUCUCUCCUCUGUCCCUUUUCUAUAUUUCUUAUGAUUAUGACGAUAGCCACGACGACUGUAGUUUACUUUCCUUAUUUAAUUUGCUCCGGGUCGGACUUUGCUAGUUUACUAGUUGUGUUGAUUCUUCCUUAUCAGUCGUUUAUCAGGUAGGUAUAUGUCUUUAUCGAUAUAUAGGUGAUUCGUUGGUAGUAUGCUAUCUGUAACCGACUACGGAGUACUUCUCUUAUAAUCAAUACAUCGAGAAAUCAACGAAUGCGG